AUGGCUUGUACCACGGAAUCGGCAAUUGAGUGCAUUCGCAAAGGUCACAAUGUGCGUGUGUUAGAACGAAACUCAGGCAUCAACACGGUCGGCGACAUGUAUUUCAUGGGUCUGAGUGCCACUAGGUUCUUCAAACAUUGGCCUGACAUGGCAAAGGAGUACGAUGCAAUUUCACUGCAUAAUACGUGGAUCGAGACGUUCAAGCACGAUGGCACACACAUGAUUCCGCCACUCAAAGUUGCCGAUCGCCUGCGUGAUGCUGGUCUUGACCCCGACACGCCUCCAGGGACCUUUCAGAUGCGACCCCUUGUUUAUAAGAUGUUCGUUGCACAAGUUGAGCGGCUGGGAGUAGAUAUCCAGUUCGGAAAGCGCGUUGUCGAUUAUUUCGAGGACAAAGAGCGCCAGAGAGCUGGUGUGGUGACUGACCAAAAUGAAAGAUUUGAGGCAGACGUCGUCAUUGCGGCCGAUGGUGUUGGUUCCAAAAGUCAAGGGCUUGUUGGCGGCCAGGUCAGAGCAAUGAGCUCGGGUAGAGCUAUGUGGCGGGCCGCCUUCCCAAGACAUCACCUCGAUCAGGACCCCCAAGUCAAGGAGUUUUUCAAGAUGGUUGAUGGCGAGACUGGCCAAGAGCCUAUCAUCAGGACAUGGCUGGCUCCAGGAGCGUAUGGUCUCACGUUGACUCGUCCCGACACAAUCGUUUGGACCAUAAACCAUGAUGUGACUGGCUCAGAGAAGGAGUCAUGGCGUAAUACCGUAGAGUCUGAUGAAGUCCUCGCCAACAUGGACAAAGGCGUCGGUCCUAAUGGCUGGGCUCCAGUAUUCAAGCAAUUGGUUGCACUCACGCCCCCAAGGACUAUUGUCAACUUUGAGCUUUUCUGGCGCAAUCCGCAGCCGAAGUGGGCGUCACCAGAAGCUCGCGUAAUCGUAAUUGGCGACGCCGCGCACUCCUUCCUCCCAGCUUCGGGCAAUGGUGCAACCCAAGCCAUUGAGGACGCCAUCUCCCUGGCGACGUGCCUGCAAAUCGGCGGGAGAGAGAACAUUUCGCAAUCCGUCCGCGCUCACGUCCGUUUGCGCUUCAUCCGGAAUGCAUGCGCCCAAAAGCUGGGUUUCAGCAACGCCGAGUUAUUGCAAGAUACCGACUGGAGCAAAGUCAAACUAGACCCGCGCCGAGCUCAGCCGAAGCUACCGAAAUGGGUCUUCAGCCACGAUCCGGAGAGCUAUGCUUAUGAUAACUACGAGAAAGUCGUUGAGAGCAUGAAGAACGGGGUUGCGUUUGAUGAGGAUGACAGCAUCCCACCAAACUACCCACCAGGAUAUAAAUACGAGGAGUGGAAUAUUGAACAGAUAAUGGAAGACAUUCGGCUCUGGGGCACUCCUACACCGAGCAACGUCAUUUCUCACCCUAUUCCCGGGACAGACAUCCUCACCCUGGAUGUAUCAUUCUCGACGCCAGCAUCUCCCACAAAUCCCUCCCAGACGGCCGACUUUAUGUCAUGGCGUCUUGGCCAAGCUCGUUGGUUCAUUGGAUUUGAGGGCCCGCUUGGGUAUCACUUCGCAAUCCCCGGACGAGGGUGCUACGAGACACAAUUCGGUCUUGUUCCCAAAAUGGCAGACACUCACCCAUCCGAGAAAGACCACCGCGGCAGAGGUUCAUCUGACUCCGUCUCCAAGGCCGAGGUCGACCACCACAGCCUUGCUCCCUCUGCCGACAAGCCCUCGCCCUCGGGGCCUGCAGAUGAGGACUUGCGCCAGCGCCACGAUGCCUCGGCCAAAAUGGAAAACCCGCUCGCUGGCUUCAGCCGCGAGCAGAUCACCAACCUUUCAGAGGAAUUCUGCGCCCAGCACGGGUUCACCGAUGACGAGGACAUCCGCGCCUUUCGGCUGGGCGCUGCCAUCGCCGGCAACAACUUCGAGUGGGACACGAUCGAUGGCCUGAGGGACGACGAGAAGGAAGCCCUUCGGAUGGAAAUUGAUCAUAAGUGGAGGUCAAAUCCAAAAACCCUAUAUGGUGUCAUAGUUGUUUGCGCCGUUUGCGCCGCCGUACAAGGGAUGGAUGAAACGGUCGUAAACGGCGCACAAACGUACUAUAAGAAAGCGUUUGGAAUCGGAGACGAUAAAUCAAUGCGCGACUCCUGGCUUGUGGGGUUGUUAAACAGCGCCCCGUAUCUUUGCUGUGCUUUCAUCGGCUGUUGGUUGACCGAGCCCAUGAACAAGAGAUUCGGCCGCCGGGGCACGGUCUGGAUCAGCUGUCUCGUCUCCGCGCUGGCAUGUUUUUGGCAGGCGUUUACAAACACUUGGUGGCAUAUGUUCAUUGCGAGAUUCUUCCUGGGAUUUGGUAUCGGUCCCAAGUCCGCUACUACUCCUAUCUUUGCUGCUGAGUGCUCGCCGCCUAAGCUGCGAGGCGCCUUGACGAUGCAAUGGCAGAUGUGGACGGCAUUCGGAAUCAUGAUUGGAUAUGUCGCGGACCUUGCCUUUUACUUCGUCCCUGAUCACGGUAUUCCGCUGGGAUUGAAUUGGAGGCUCAUGAUGGGCUCAGCAAUGAUUCCCGCUGUGAUUGUCUGCUACCGACACCGCGACGCCUACAAGGCAAUAUGCCGGCUACGACUAAGCAAGAUCCAGGCCGCUCGCGACCUCUUCUAUAUGGACUUUGGCCUCAAAGCAGAGAGAGAGGCCAUGUCUAUCGGCAAGCAAAGUCGAAUCAAGGAAUUUUUGACUAUCCGACGUAACCGGAAUGCCAUGAUCGGCUCGGAAAUCGUUAUGUUUAUGCAACAGUUCUGUGGAGUCAAUGUGAUCGCGUACUACUCUUCCGAGAUCUUCUUGGAGGCUAACCUGCCCGAGACGAGUGCUCUGUCAGCCUCCCUCGGCUUCGGUAUUAUCAAUUGGCUGUUUGCACUCCCGGCUGUCUAUACUAUUGACACAUUUGGAAGGCGCAAUUUGCUCUUGACGACAUUUCCACUCAUGUCUCUCUGCCUGUUCUUUGUAGGCUUUAGUUUCUGGAUCCCGGAAGAUUCCACUGCCCGGAUUGCCUGUAUCGCCCUCGGCAUCUACCUCUUUGGAAUGGUUUACUCUCCCGGCGAAGGCCCGGUGCCAUUCACAUACUCAGCCGAGGCCUACCCUCUUUACAUCCGUCCCAUCGGGAUGUCGCUCGCGACAGCCACGACCUGGUUCUUCAACUUCGUUCUCAGCGUGACAUGGCCGUCGCUGUUGCAGGCGUUCAAGCCGCAAGGAGCCUUUGGCUGGUAUGCCGGUUGGAAUAUUAUCGGUUUCUUCCUAGUCCUGUUCUUCCUGCCUGAGACUAAGGAAAAGACUCUCGAAGAGCUGGAUGCGGUCUUCAAUGUGCCGCUGCGAGUGCAUGCCAAAUAUGGACUCCAGCAAUUCAAGUACUUCAUUCACCGUUACGUGUUUUGGCGGCCCGUGGAUCCGCCCGCUGUUCCUCACGAUGAAAUUGUACAGCAUACGGGGAAGUCAAUUGCUCCGAAGGCUGAGCAUGACCCGACUAAGCGUGUAUAA